AAAAUCCCCAAUUCCAAAACCCUAGCUUUCACAACUUUGAACUCCAGAAAAUUUGAGUACUGCGGCAAUGGAUGAGAGGCCGAUUUUCAGAGACAUAAGGCGGUAUUACUGCGAGUACUGUGGAAUCUGUAGAUCUAAGAAGACUCUGAUUGCUUCUCACAUCCAAGCUCAGCACAAGGAUGAGAUGGAAAUGGCGAAGGGUGAUGAGGAAGUUGGGGUGGAGAAGUCUAAUACAUGUGAAGAAUGUGGUGCUAGUUUCAAGAAACCUGCAUAUCUGAAGCAGCAUAUGCAAAGCCAUUCUCUUGAGGAAUCAACAUGUUUAAGAACUAAACCGUUUGGACCGUGUGAAGCAUUGGAUCCCACCAAAGAACUCCAAAAUGCGAGAGGGUAUGGACUUGAAUGGACCAGUACCAGGGGGGAGACCUCCUGUGAAGCUCCAUCAAGUGAUCCUCAAUCACGCAGUGGUACUUUUGAGAGGCCAUAUGUUUGCACAAUCGAUGAUUGUCGUUCUACUUAUAGAAGAAAGGACCAUUUGAACCGUCAUCUUCUUCAGCACCAAGGGAAGCUCUUUAAGUGUCCAAUUGAGAACUGUAAGAGUGAAUUUGCCUUUCAAGGUAACGUGAAGAGGCAUGUUGUAGAAUUUCACAGUGAGGAUUGCCCUUCUACUAGCAUUGAAGGUCGGAAGCAGCAUGUGUGCCAGGAACCCGGUUGUGGAAAGGUGUUCAAAUUUGCUUCAAAGCUGCAGAAGCACGAGGAUUCUCAUGUUAAGCUGGACUCAGUGGAGGCCUUCUGCUCUGAACCAGAUUGUAUGAAAUAUUUUUCUAAUAAGCAAUGCCUUAAGGACCAUAUCCAGUCCUGCCACACUCAUAUUACUUGUGAGAUAUGUGGGAAGAAGGAGUGGAAAAAGAACAUCAAAAGCCAUCUCCGUACUCAUGAAGAGGGAGGUUCUUCAUUGGAAAUUAAAUGCGAUUAUAAGGGUUGUCUUCUCACAUUUUCUAAAAAAUCAAAUCUUCUUCAACAUGUGAAGGCUGUACACCUCCAACAAAAACCCUUCGCUUGUAGCUUCUCAGGCUGUGGCAAGACAUUCUCAUACAAGCACGUGAGAGAUAAGCAUGAGAAGUCUGGAUGUCAUGUAUAUGCCUAUGGGGAUUUUGAAGAGGCUGAUGAGCAAUUCCGGUCAAGGCCAAGGGGCGGGUGUAAGAGGAAGUGUCCUACAGUAGAGAUGCUUGUACGAAAAAGGGUUACUCCACCGGAUCAAUUUGGCCCAGAGACUGAGUUCCUCUCCCAGUUCUUCUCACAAGAAGAGGAAUAUGAACAGUGAGUGACGCCCUUGUAGUUUCCACUAUAACCUAUGGAAGUUCGGUAUUUUGAGUCUCUAAACUAGAUAUGUACCUUUUGUAAUUAUUUAGAGAGUGGGUUUCAUAGUCUUGUUUCCUGGGUUCUGUAAUCUUCUGAAAAUUGCUGGUCUUUAAGAGCAGACUAGAGUGCAAGGCUGGGCAUAAGGCUUGAAGCAUCAAUAUAUAUAGAUAUGUUUGUUUACAAUUCAGACA